AUGCCGCCGAGAAGAGAAAACYCCGAUUUAGCACAACUUGUUUCAGAGCAACUUAUUGYUGCACUBCCUACCAUAGUCAGCCAAGUGGCUGCUGGCUUGAAUGCUAACCAACCUUCUAACUUGGAGUCUCGACCACCGCGGGAAUGUACUUAUAAAACCUUCCGAGCUUGCAAUCCUAAGGAAUUUAACGGAACAAAAGGAGCGGUAGAAUUAUUGACUUGGCUCGAGAGUAUGGAAUCCGUGUUGCACAUUAGCAACUGCACUGAASGGAAUAAGGUAAAAUAUGCGGCAUGCCUUUUACAAGGAAGGGCGCUCACAUGGUGGAACACCUUGGUGCAAAAAAGAGGCCAAGAAGCAGCCAAUCAGCUCUCAUGGGAGGAGUUUAAGAAGUUGCUAAAAGAAGAAUACUGUUCGAGAAGUGAACUCCAGAAAUUGGAGAUGGAGCUGUGGAACCUUGAGAUGAAGGGAGAUGAUAUAUCUGCGUACACAACGAGGUUUCAAGAAUUGGCAAACCUGGUGCCACACCUUGUGACACCAGAGGAGGUUCGGAUAGAAAGAUACAUUUGGGGUUUAUCCCCAGAAAUUAGAGGCAACAUAACCUCUGCCAAUCCAAAAACUUUUCAAGGAGCUAUGGAAAUUGCCACGAAACUCACAAACAAUGCGGUGCGAUCUGGAGGUUUGGCCAAGGGGAAAAGAAAGRUAGAGGAUUAUGAAGACCGAAAAUUUGGAAGGAAACAGGACCGGAAUAGGAGAACAACGAGAAACUUUGGAGCUCAAUCACAGAUAGCCGGACAGGGCGAUGUGAUUAAAUGCGAUAAAUGCAAAGUUCCGCAUCGGGGGAAUUUCAUUAUCUGCAGGAGGUGCCAUCUUGGGGGUCACGCGGCAAAGGAUUGCCGGAAAAGACUAUGCUUAGAAUGUGGGAGUCCAGACCACAUGAGGAAUGUUUGCCCAAGAAGGAGAGCAGGGACAAAUGUAUAUCAGACUCGGUAG